AUGGAAUCUCUAAGCACUGAGGACAAGAUGCACAGAUCUCCGAUAUUGCACGGGAUGCAAGCCGCUCUCGACGAUGCUGGUAUUGCAGACGACGAGAGGCAUGACAUACCACAACUAUCAGAUCUUGACGACACGGUCGACGAAAAUCUUCGAAAUACAGCCCAGCUAUUCCUUCAAGUCCAUCGUACGGAAAUUGCAGCGCGGGAUGCUGAGAUAUCCAGGCUCAAGAUGGAACUCACACGCGUCCGUGAAGGAUUGAAGGGGCUGAAGGAGCAGACACAAAAGAGUACUGGUGUCGGUAACCCGAGUCAACAAUCAACGGGCGAAUCUGCAGACUUGCCCGAAGACUACGUCUACGUACAAGCAGCGGACGCCACCGUUGCCGAACCAGGUUGGCAGACCGAAAGUUUAGUCACAGUGCGGCUGGACAAUAUCCUGACCAAACUCGACAACGAUGGGAUGCUCGUCCAAUGGAACGUGGUGCAUUGGCUCGAAUUCAAAGAUCGGAUCCCAAACAUUGCCUCCGUUCCCCUCGAACCCUCCAACAGCCCUCGUGCCAGACAGACUCGGACAAUGCUGGUCAUGGCACUUCUGGGAAAGUCACUCGAGGAGUACAUCUUCAGUCCCACCUACCUCUUCGAAGACGAUGACGAGCUACGUCUUCUCCUGUUCAAAAUGACCAACACGAGGAUGAAGACUCUGUGGAGAAGAAUGCUCCUGUGGAUGUCGGAUGAAGGCGAUCGAAAAGAGACGGUCAAGUCAUCACGAGUGCAAAGCGCCGUUGAGGAGACGAUGGAACCGCUUCAAAAGCUUCUCGAUGCGGAAACGUUCAUCCAACUGACAUCAGAACUCCAAGAAGUUGUCUCCAAAGCCGCAGAAGCUUGGGAACCACUACAACGAUGCCAGCAGCACUUUGAAGUCAGCACCAACCUCACUACUCGCGCAGCAGGCUGGGAGUGGAGCUCUAUUCAUUUCAAGAGUGACCAUGCCGGUUUAGGCAUGGAUCUUGUACCCGUCGAUUCGGGGGCGUUUAGUUUGGAUGGGCAAGAGGUGUUGAUGGUGUUGUUUCCACGCGUCUGUGCCAUCGAUAGGUCCCAGAACCCUGCUUUCACGCCCGUCUUCCGUGGAAUUGUGCUGCAAAAGUCGGAAUUGCAAGAACUAGAAAUGGUAGUCGAGACUGGAUUGCCGGAUUCAAGAGCAGCUGGACUUGAUCCUGGAACAAGCCCUGCUACAAAUCCCGAGACUGAAUUGAACCAGCAACAACAAAAAGAAGCCGGCUCACCAGCUUUGACGGCUACGGAAUCAGUAAUCGCAUCAAUAAAGGCCACUACUGCCGCGGCGGUCUCUGUCGUUGCUCCAAGUCUCUCAAAAGAGCAGGAAAAGAAGGAAGGAGACGGAGAUGGCACAGGUGAAGAAGGCCAUCCGGAUCAGCAUGAGGCCGGUACGGAUGCCACGGAGACUGAGGAUCAUGUCACAAAAAGCAACGAGGUCGAGGGAGAGCCCCAUAUAGUACCCGAAUUGGAGGAAAUGAACGAGGACAGGCACGAAGACGGAGAGAACAACAAAGACAAAAAGGACAAAGACGAAGAUGAAGAUGAAGAAGAUGAUAGUGGUGAUGCCGAGGACGAAGAGGAGGACGAUGCCGACUCUGACGACGGCGCAAGCGAGGACGGGACUGGAACAGAGACGGAAACUGAAACGGAAAGUGAUCAGAGUGAAGCGGACGUCGAUAAAACUGCUCAAGAAGACCGUCAGGCUCAUGAUCACGUGAACUCUGCUGUCGACGAGGGUAAAGUCGAAGUCGUGCAACCAUAA